AUGUCAUCAAUGAUCAACCUGGAGAGACUGAACACCGGCCUCACGCGUGUGGCGAGCGUCAAAAAUUACCCCGUCACCCGGCCGCAGCAGUUGCCGCGGACGACGAAAGGGCGCGUCUUUCGUCUGGGGGUGCUUCACAGCAAAGAGAUGACGGAGGCGAUGCUGCUGCGGAACCGACGUGGAUUUGUGAACAGCCAGGUGAACACUGUUGCCCACGCCCCCUCCAUCUACCACUGGCUCUUUCACCGCUGCGGUGUACCAUUUGAGGAGGCGCAGGAGUUAGCGAUGUCCGGCGGAUUAACCGUUAACGGCGCAGCCGUCGACCGUUCGAGGUUAGAAACGCAGCUGGAGUGGGACGCGUUGCAGAAAUUAGACAUUCGCAUUCGGGUAGAGGCAUCUACGGCAGACCGGACGUCUGGCCCCACGGUGGACAACAAUACGAAUACGAGGGAUGCCCACAAAGGUAGCAGUAGUGGUUCUGCGAAUGUCAUGUGGGUGCCCGCAUUGAAGCGGGCGUUGCAUCGGCAGUACUUCUUCGUUUACCUGCACCCAGGCAUAUCCAUCACAUCUGAUCAAACCGACCCACGCUCUUUUGUGCACCGUCUCACCCCGCUUGUGGGCAGCGUUGCCGGGAUCGGCAUGAACAUCCUGCGACCGAUUGGUUUUAUGAAUGGAAUGAAAGGUAUUGGCUUGGCAACAAACGAUGUGUCUAUGGUGCGGUAUUGGAACAAUGAGUUUCUCGGGAAUUUUGGCGUCUACGAUGUCCGGUUUGCUCGCGGUGUGCCCUCCGACGUCCUCCAGGGACUCACCGACGAGGUCAACAACGUGUUGAACGACGGUAUUCGGAGGCAGCUGUCGAAGGAUGUUAACGUGCCCUGCGCGUGUACGCUGGAGCCGGUGCCAACCUCAGCCAAGCACCGUCAUGCUCACAAGGGUGACUUUGUGGCUGGGCUCUACUCCAAACCACUUCACGACGAACGGCUAAUCAUACGUAGUCCGCUCCUGCCGUAUCGCGUGGCACGCAAGGUGCGUCGUCUCGGGGGCUUUGUGACGAUGGUGCGCUCCGGCCCCUUUGCGCUCCCGCCCUCACUUCCGCAGACGAAGCAGAGGCCCUUGUCGCCGCAGGAGCUGGCGCUGAUGUUCACCUUCGAGCGGAGGCUCAAGACAAACCGCGUGGUGCUGAGUCUUCGUGAGUUUGAUGCGGAUAAUGAUCUUGAUGGUGUUGCCCCUGAGGUUAUUUUGCCCUUCACUUGA